GGACAGUAAGGAGAGCAGAACAAACUCCUAACAGGAGGAGACUCACUCAUGGCCUAUGAGACAGAGGAUCAUGAGACUCAAUACUGCUUUCCUGCCAUCAACUCUUCAUGUAUCAAGGAAAAACGCUCCAGUUAUGAAUACAAUAUCAUUUAUCUCUUUGUAUCAGUGCUGUCUGCAUGGACUGUGUUUCUGAAUCUGCUGGUGAUCAUCUCCAUCUCUCACUUCAAGAAGCUUCACACUCCAACCAACCUGAUCAUUCUCUCUCUGGCUGUGACUGAUCUGCUUACUGGGCUUAUAGUGAUACCCUUAGAGGGCAUCAAACAAAAUGAGACAUGUUGGUACUUUGGAGACACUUACUGUGGACUGUUUGUCAUUACAGUUAGGCUGCUCCUUUGUACAUCUCUGAGUACUUUAGUUUUAAUUGCUGUUGAUCGUUAUAUGGCUGUCUGUCACCCUUUACUAUAUCCACAGAAAAUAACAACUAUUAAAACGUUAAUAAGCAUCUGUCUCUGCUGGUUUUGCUGUUUGGUUUACAAUAUUGAGUAUGUAAUUAGUAAUGGAUAUUUUAAUAUCUCACACAAAAUAUUGUGUUAUGGUCAGUGUAUUGUUUUAAUUACUCCUGCUUGGAGAUUUACUGAUUUGACAUUUUUCUUCCUAUUUCCUUGUAUUGUCAUCAUCACUGUAUAUUUAAGAAUAUUUUAUGUUGUGCAAUGGCAAGUGAAAGUAAUAAACUCUCUAGUAAAGGGUGGUAAAUUUGUAGUGGAAAGUUUAGUAAAGAGGAAAUCUGAGAGUAAAGCUGCUCUGACAUUAGGAAUCAUUGUGACAGUUUAUCUGCUUUGCUGGAUUCCUUUUUAUAUAUGUUCAUUAACAAUUACAACAAUCUCUUCUACUACAAUGACAUUUUUAACAUGGACUUUGUAUGUCAGCUGUGGACUGAAUCCACUCAUUUAUGCUUUAUUUUAUCGCUGGUUUAAAAUAUCAGUUAAACACAUUCUAACUCUUAGAAUAUUUCAGCCAGCAUCUUCUGUACUGGACAUUUUUAUUGAUUGUCGCACUUGA